AUGGAAUGUUUAGGAUAUGUUCGAUGUAAUGAAAUUUUAAGUAAACCUUUAUUUUCAUAUAUUGUUUUAUGUAUUUGUACAUUUAUUCAAAAUUUUUCUGUAAAUGGCGCUAAUAAUGCUGUUAUUUCAACUAUUGAACGUGUUUUUUAUUUAAAUAGUGUACAAUCAGGUCUUUUCUUAGCUUUAUAUGAUUUAGCAACAGUUUUUUCAGCACCAUUAGUUGGUUAUUUAGGUAGUUUAUAUUCAUCACCAAUAUUUUUUUCAUUAAAUAUGAUUAUUGUUUCUAUUGGAAAUAUAUUAAUUGCAUCAAGUAAUUUCAUAAAUCGAAAUAAUAAAUUAAAUUUUAAUUUGGAUUUUACACAAAAUUUCUUAACAUUUAAUAAUGUUCUUUUUCAAUGUUAUAAUGAUUCAUUACUUAAUCGAGAAAAUAUAACUGAUUCAAUAUGUUUAAAAGAUGAAUAUUCAUCAAGUACAUCAAUAAAUGCAAAAUUUCUUUUAUAUUCAGGCAAUUUUAUUAAUGGUAUUGGAAGUGUUGCUCUAUUAACCAUUGGUAUUAUUUAUAUUGAACGAAUAUUUCCACGUGAAAAAGCAGCUUAUUGUCAAGGAAUUUAUUUUGCUGUUGGUACUGUUGGUGGUGCACUUGGUAUUGUUGUUACUGGAAGAUUUUUAUUAGUUUAUACUACACUUGCACCUAAACAACGUCUACCAUCAUGGUUAACACCUAGUCAUCCACUUUGGAUUGGAUGUUGGUGGUUACCUUAUUUUAUUUAUGGUUCAUUAUGUUUUCUUAUUGGACUUUUUGUAUCUGGUCUACCAAAUUAUGAAAUACCUGUAUCACAAAUUUUUAUUUUAGGCUUUGUACCAUUUAUUACUAAAUAUUUUGAAUAUCAACAUCAAUUGGAUACUUCAACAGCUACAUUAAUAACUGGUGCCAUUGCAUUACUUUCAGUUAUUAUCGGUUGUCCAAUAGGUGCCUAUUUUAUGAAUAAAUUUUCUUGGACACCAAUACAAUGUGCACGUGUCUGUACUAUAAUAUUAAUAAUUUCAUCAUUUCUUUUUUUAUCUCUUAUUUUUUCUUGUCCUGAACUUAAAUUUCAAUAUACAUCAUGUUCUUCUAUGAAUACACCAUGUUGUCAACAUAUUUAUCAUCCAGUAUGUAAUAUAAAUGAACCUCAAAAAAUGUAUUUAUCACCAUGUCAUUUUGGUUGUAUUAAUCAAACAAUCAUAACAAGUAAUAAUACUAUGUUAUAUUCAUUAUGUAAUUGUGCAGAAGAUACAAUUCUUAGUGAAACAGUUUGUCGAUUUCGACGAAUACCUUGUAUGACAAUGUUUAUUUUAACAAUGAUUGGUGCAACAUUUCUAGUGUUUUUCACAGCAUUUAUUCAAGUUCCAAUGUUACAAGUACUUCUAUAUAGUGUUUCACUACCUUAUCAAAAUAUGGCACUAGCUAUUCGACAAACUAUUGUUCGAGUAUUAGGACAAACAACUGGUCCAUUAUUAUUUGGUUAUGUUUUUGAUCAAUCAUGUUUAGUAUGGCUUACAGAUUGUUAUGAUCGACAAACAUGUAAAGUAUAUGAUAAUCGUCGAAUGAGUUUAUCAAUGGCUUUAUCAGGUUUUUCUAUUCGAUUAAUAUCUGGUAUUGCUUGUUCAAUUGUUUAUUUCAAUUGGAAAUUUAAACAUUCUAAUCAAAAUGAUAUUUCUUCAAAUAAUCUACAUAUGACAUCCAAUGAAGAACAUGAAAUAACUCGAUUUUAA